UUGGAUCAGCUAUUUAGAGAUGUUCCGCAUUGAGAGAUGAAAGUAGAGAAAGAGAAAGAGAUUAAGCAAUAGAGAAAAUGGAAGCCAAGAGAAGGAUAGUGUUAGUUCCAGUUCCAGCACAAGGUCAUGUUACUCCAAUGAUGCAACUUGGGAAAGCCCUUUACUCGGAGGGCUUCUCAAUUACAGUUGUUGAGGGACACUUCAAUCAAGUAAGCUCUUCUUCUCAACACUUCCCUGGUUUUCAGUUUGUCACCAUAAAAGAAAGCUUACCAGAGUCUGAAUUCGAGAGACUCGGAGGAAUCGAGUUUAUGAUAAAGCUCAACAAAACCAGUGAGGCAAGCUUCAAGGACUGUAUAAGUCAGUUGUUGCAGCAACAAGGCAAUGAUAUAGCAUGUAUCAUCUACGACGAGUUCAUGUACUUCUGUGGUGCUGCAGCUAAAGAGUUCAAACUUCCCAGUGUUAUCUUCAACAGUACAAGUGCUACAAAUCAAGUUUCUCGUUACGUUGUAGGCAAACUCAAUGCAGAAAAGUUCUUGGUUGACAUGGAAGAUCCUGAAAUGCAAGACAAAGUGGUGGAAAAUUUGUAUCCAUUACGAUACAAAGACCUACCUAUUUCAGAAAUGGGGCCACUAGAUCGAGUUUUUGAGCUCUGUAGAGAAGUAGGCAACAAAAGAACAGCUUCUGGUGUUAUCAUCAACACGGUGAGCUGUCUAGAGAGCUCGUCUUUGUCAUGGCUGCAACAAGAAGUCAGAAUUCCAGUGUCUCCAUUAGGCCCUCUUCACAUGACAGCUUCACCACCUUCUAGUUUACUUGAAGAGGACAGGAGCUGCAUUGAAUGGCUGAACAAGCAGAAACCGAGGUCAGUCAUAUAUAUAAGCGUAGGAACACUUGGUCAAAUGGAAACCAAGGAAGUGUUGGAGAUGGCUUGGGGGUUGUGUAAUAGCAACCAACCGUUUUUAUGGGUUAUCCGAGCGGGUUCCAUCCUUGGCAUUAACGGUAUAGAUUCAUUGCCAGAUGAAUUCAAUAAGAUGGUCUCUGAAAGAGGAUACAUUGUGAAACGGGCACCGCAGAUAGAAGUACUAGGACAUCCUGCAGUGGGAGGCUUCUGGAGCCACUGUGGAUGGAACUCAACACUCGAGAGCAUUGGAGAAGGAGUGCCAAUGAUUUGCAGGCCUUUUCAUGGGGAGCAAAAGUUGAACGCAAUGUAUAUUGAAAGAGUUUGGAGAAUAGGGUUUCAGGUGGAAGGUAAAGUGGAUAGAGGAGAAGUUGAGAAAGCUGUGAAGAGGUUGAUCGUGGAUGACGAAGGUGCGGGGAUGCGGGAGAGAGCCCUUGUUCUAAAAGAGAAGCUCAAAGCCUCUGUCAAAAAUGGAGGCGCCUCAUACGACGCAUUGAAUGAGCUUGUCAAGUACUUGAAGACAAAGUAAAGAUUUUGAACUUCAUGUAUUAUUAGAGAUAAUUGAAUGGUUGCAAAUUUACAAAAGCAAUACAAAUCAAACUCGAGCA